UUCUAAUGUCAGCCCUACGUACGCAAUAACACAUGAAAUUUUCUUUCUUCGACUAUUUUAUUGUUUACUUGGUCGAUGGAUAUAUGUUAGUUCAUUCACGAUGGCCAAUGAAACGAUUAUAAAAAAUCUGGAAAAUCAAUUGGAACGUUUGGUUCAACAGUCAGCCGAUUUGGAGGAUUGCAAAAAUGAUCUGACCGAAGAGGAGUAUGGCAGCAUGAAAGAGGAGACUUUGGAACAAAUCAAAGAAUUCACUGCCACUUUAGAUCGGCUGAAUAAAGGCGAUAUCACAUUAAACAGUAAAAUAUCAUCGAUGCGUGAAGUGAUACGAAAAGCGAUUGCAAAUUCAUUCAAUACACUUGAAAUGAUACGAUUGGCCGGUGACCAAAGUUUAAACGAACAAGCAAAUCAGUUGGGUAGUCUCGAGGAGAGUUAUCAGCUCAAAAAAAUUUCGACCACUGAAUAUGAAUUGAAAAAGCGUGAAAUAUUGCUGCAGCUAGUCGAUUUUGGUUAUUGUCUAUCACCAGCCGACAAGAAGUUCCUUGAAAAGAAGACUGACACCGAAAUACUCGAAACCAUGCGAUGUAUUGACGAUGAAAAUUGAUAAAGUAAUUAGUUUUGACAAUUAAACUGAAGUUUAUCACAUAAAAUAGAUUUAAUCAUUUUUUUUCUAUGAAUACUCUAUACACGCUUACUAUUUGAAACAAUAUAAAUGUGCUUUUGAAAUAAAAAAAAAUCGAAUAAAAAAAUAUGCUUGUGGCAAAA